AAGUUUAAAAAGUGGCCAUUAAGCAUAUUCUUGAUAGUCAACCAUGAUAUUCGUUGGCUAACUCGGUAAUUUGUGUAUCUGGAAUUAGUAAUCAAACUAAAUGUCAGCUGCGGGUUUCCAGUAUGAGUACAUUUGCCGAGUUCCAAUGGAGUAAAAUGUAAAUGGUUUGGUAAACUGGCUUGCAAUGCGGCUGCACGUCAUGUAGCAAACAGCUAGCCGCGGCUAACUGACGCCGCUGUGUUGCCAUUGACAGGCAGCAGUUUACAGCAGCUAACGUUAAAGCUCGGUCUCUUUUCCGCUUGCCCCUCUAUUAGGGGUGAAUUUGUUCCUCAAACUUAUAAAACUUUUUUUUAUUUUUUCAAAGGCUUAAACGUCCACGAAAGUGCUUCCUCACCUUGGCAAUGCUAAAAAUGAGAAAACAGCUUUAAGUGAGUUAACUGGCUAAUAGCCUGUCGGACUGCUAGCUGGCAUAGGUGGACAACAUCGAUCAAAGUUUGCUGGUGAAAUUGCAUUUUACUAAAGACCACCAGACGCUCUGCCAAGCUAUAAACUACUACUACUACAAGCUACCCCUAAUCGAGUUAUAUUACCAUAGGAAGAUAAAUGUUCUCGUGUUUAAAAGUACAACCUAACCGCAAUUUGACCAACAUACUCCACAGCAGCUUCAUUGUGAACAGAGAUCUUUGGGAGGGAACGUGACACACUAAUGAAGGACAUUAAGAUGACAUAAACUAGGGACUCACCUUGAGCUCUCUCCUUGUUUGUCUUUUGUUUUGUUCCUUUUUUGUCUUUUUUUUCUUGUUUCAGUAUUCCUUUAAUGAGUAUUUCUUUGGAAAAAAAAAACAUUAAGUGUAUCACACUACUGUCUUGGAGACUGGCCUUGUCCCUCCUCUUGUCUGCCUCUGACAUAUCACUAAGAUUUAAGAUAGCAAUAGAGGUAUCAAAGGUCUUGAAAAACUUGCACUUAUCUUUGUGGCAUUAAUUACACUUCAGGCUGCACUUGCCAUGCAACAUACUUUAUAAAAAAUCUUGUGCUUUCACUUAAUUUAAUUGUUUUAGCCUCCUUAUGUAAACAAGGUGUGUUUCAUUGUCUUAUUCAUACUUAAUUGGUCUAUAAUUUAAUGCAAUUAAGAGGUUCUUUUUUGUUCUUUUUUAUAAUGAUAUAAAGAUUUAUUGUUAAUGUGAAGUAGCUGCUCUGCUGCCUUGUGUUGUCAUCAAUAAAGGCAGCUUUAAGUUGUAAUUUAAACUUGUUUUAUAUAUGCAAAUUUAGUGAAGAAUACUUGUUUAAAUGUGUGAUGUAAUAUCAAGUCCUGUUGUGUUGAAAGUAUUGCCUGUCCAUUUUUCAACUGGCAGGAAACUGUAUAAGCUGACAGCUCUUAAGAACAAACUGUGAUGGAAGAUUCUACCUGCGACAAAUACUCGUUCUAGCAGUUCCCUUUUUCACUGUAUGAUUACUCUAUACGAUUGACAAUAUAAACUGGAAGGAGUUCUCUUUUUUCCCUUUUUCAAAUGAAGAUCUAACUGAAAUGGAUUCGCAGAACUGUUUUUUUGGGACAUUGCCUGAAAGACAAACAUUCAGAUCCAUUUAUAUCUUCCCCUGCAAAUCUUGAAGUUCCUCCAUUCAAAGUGUCUAACUACUGACAAAUCUACUGUUAGGCUUAUUGAACUUGUAAAUAUUGUCCUCUUGAGCAGUGAGGAUGCGAUCUCCAGCUCCUUCUUCACCUUGUCCAGCAGAAGCCCUCCUUCAUGGCCAGUUUGCAAGCUGGGAAUCAGGCAGUAACAGCAACAAUAACAGCUGCCCUAACAGCCCUGGCAGUCCAGGAAGACUCUCCUCUGCUGCCUCCCCAGCUCAAGCUCCAGCAUCCAGUUAUGCCUUGACCCUAACCCACACCCACAUACACAUUCAACGGCUGUUUCAACGAUCAGGAAAGGAAGCCCGUAUCCUGCUGCCUGUAUCAGAAUUGGUGGGGUGCAGCUGCCCUCGUUCUCCUGCGCCUCCUUUACUGGUGCUGUAUUGGUACCCUCCAGGGAAACGACGGAAGGGGGUGUCACGACGCCGACAGGUGAAGGCCUAUCUGGCUGAAAGCAGGCCUGAAGCUGAGAGGUGGUCGGCUGCUGUGCAGUGUCUACUCAGAGGUGUGACCGUCACUGCUGAAACAGAAUUUUCAAGAAGUCUGCUACCUCGUCCGAGGCGACUGCUGUUAUUGGUCAAUCCAUUCAGUGGAAGGGGCCAAGCGAUGCAGUGGUGUCAGACCCACAUCCUGCCAAUGAUUAGAGAGGCCAACAUCAGUUACAACCUCAUACAAACAGAACGUCAGAACCAUGCAAGAGAGCUUAUCAGAGAGAUAUCGCUCCCAGAGUGGGAUGGCAUCAUCAUUGUGUCUGGGGAUGGUUUGCUGCAUGAGGUAAUUAAUGGACUGAUGGAGCGCCCAGACUGGGAACAAGCAAUAAAAACACCUGUUGGUAUUCUGCCCUGUGGCUCUGGGAAUGCACUGGCUGGUUCCAUCAACCACCAUGCAGGGUAUGACAUGUGCCUUCGAGAGCCCCUCCUGUUGAACUGCUGCUUUUUGCUCUGUCGAGGCGGUAUCCGACCCAUGGACCUGGUCUCUGUGACAACAAGCCCCCCUCCCUCCAACAACAGCCAUGCUGCAGCACCCAGGAGACUGUUUUCCUUCCUUUCUGUUGCCUGGGGUUUUGUGUCCGAUGUGGACAUUGAGAGUGAAAGGUAUCGUGGCCUGGGAUCAGCCCGCUUCACCUUGGGCACCUUAGUGCGCAUUGCUUCACUUCGAUCUUACAAGGGUCGACUGUCCUACCUGCCUCCCUCUGUUACUGCAUCUCCUCCACCAAGGAGACCUCUCUCCCGCAGUAUCACAGAAGGACUGGAGGGUUUCUGCCGAACACCUAUCCAUCGAACCUGCUCUGAUAUGGGCAUCAGUGAGCAGAGAAGCCUGCGGAAGGGGGAAGGAGAGAGGGAAAAGGAGGAGAGGCAGAGACAGAGAGAGAGAAGAAGGGAGAGGGCCAGGGGAGGAGGAACUGGUGUAGUGAGGGCAAGCAGUCUUGCAGAAGACAGAGAGAGAGAAGGGGAGAUGGAGAUGGAGAUGGAAGCAGAAGAGGAAAAGUCAGGAACAUGUUCUGAGAGGUCUGGGACAAGUUCUGAAUCCAAUGAAAGGAAUGAAUGCGGUAUGGGAAAGGAAGACAGGUUGGAGAGGAUCAAUGAUCAAAGGGAAGAUGAGGGAAUGGUAGAGCAAAACUCUGGAGUGAUGGAGGAUGGAGGGAAGGAUGAGGAAGGCAGUGGUGGUUCUUUAGAGGGGGAAGGAGUGUUACAUGCACAAGAGCUGGGAGAGAACUAUGGGUUAGACAUGGGGCGGGAGGCAGAUGAAGAGCCAGAAGGUUGUAUCAAUUACCAGGACAGCCUUCAGGAAGCCAGACAGCUGGUAAGAAAGAAUUCAGCUCCUUCAAGUCAGAUAGCCAGUGCUCUAAUCAACCAGCCUCUCAGUCAGGAAGUCCAUGCAGAUCCUAAUUCAUCAUAUGGUGUGGAGGACAUGGAUCUGAAUGGAACCUACUUCCACAAAGAAACAUACCCACUGGAUGUGGCUCGUGAGCGAGCUCUCACCAUCUCUUCUCCCUUUCGUCAUUCUCCUUUCUCUUACAAGCAGAAGGCCCUGGACCAAAACCAAAACGCCUCUCGCCCGAGACCCCUCUCACUCCUUCAGCACUCCCACACAAACUCCCUCCCCCCUAAACUCCCCCCUCUCUCCCUAUCUCCCACACCCCCCUCUUCUCCUUCUUGUGCCUCCCCACACUCAUCCUACCUCGCUCCCCGUCCAGAUACCCCAAAUUCCACCUCGCCCUCUCCCUCUUUACGCACACCAUCUUCAUCUUUUAAUUUUGACAUUGCCGAACCAGCAGGACCCUUCAAGAACCGUCCAUUUGUCUCGCUGCCUUUAGAUUUACCAAGGGAUGACUUGCUACCCCCUCUUGACCAACCCCUUCCCACUAGAGACUGGGUCACCAUUGAGGGGGACUUUGUUCUGGUCUUGGCUCUGUAUCAGACCCACCUUGGGGCUGACCUCCAUGCCGCACCACAGGCCAGGUUUGAUGAUGGGCUGAUCCACCUGACCUUUGUGCGGGCAGGGAUCUCCAGAGCCACCCUACUCAGACUGUUCUUUGCCAUGGAAAGAGGAAGCCACCACUCCGUCAGCUCGCCGUAUGUGAGCCAUGUAACCUGCAAGGCCUUCAGGUUGCAGCCUCUAUCUACACGAGGAACACUCACUGUGGAUGGAGAACUUGUGCCCUACGGGCCACUCCAAGCACAGGUCCAUCCUUCCAUGACUCGUCUGAUUGUUGGAGAUCCUGGAGUACAGAUAACCAGAUUUUAAUCAGGGAUUGGUUGAGUUGGAUGACAUAUCAGCACUCUACUGAAUUAUAUUAUCUCUGUUGCUGUCAAUACUCUAAGGGAAAGGGCAGAAUCUUAGACACCUAAAUUAGCAUGGAUUGCAGGAACUGCCUUUUUUUUUCUUUUUUUUUUUUUAAGGGAUUAAUAAAAGGGAUAAUUUACCGAGCCACGCAUCAUUGGAGAACAACUGCAGGGAUUAGUAAUGAAUUUGAAAAUGGAUGAAAAUGCACUUCAUUGCACAGAUGGAGAAUCACGCUCAGCGUACCCUGAGAAGCAUGAAAACUGCACAAUUGUGGAUAAUAAGAGGAAAUGGCAAUCGAAUGUUUUGGAUGUUUUUGUGCAGAUAGUGCAUGUGUUGGAUGUAUACAUAUUAGUAUGCAUGCAAAAAAAAAAAGCACUACCUGACUUUUGCCUUACAAUGAGAUAAUAAGAAAACUGAUUAGUUUCCUAGAAAGUUGUUUUUAAAUGUGGAAAGCUAUUAAAAGAAAUACUAAGAUUUACUGGGGCUAGCUCCACAUAAAACUUAUCCUCCAUCCCUUAUCUUCAGCCUCACCUCUGCCAGUGUCUAAAUGUUUAAGUAUAAAAUCUUAAGUCCUCAAAGGAAUGCCUUAUCUGACACUGUACAGUUCAGCUGUACCUUUGCCUGUUCUUUCUUACAUAAGGAACCUAAACCUUAUCGAUCUCUGUCCACCUUUGAGAUUGCAUCAGCUAUAUAAAAGCAGUGCUAUUCUUGUAUAUUUAGACUGUUCAUUGUGCCAACUGGAAACUUAUCUUUAAGCAUGCCACUAAAGCCACUGUUAAACAGUGGAGGAAGUGGCUUUAAGUACUUUUUUAUGCAAACUGUGUAGAACAGCAAGAAGAAACUUUUUAGGAUCGUUAUGAUAAGGAGAAAGAACCAUUGAGUGGUAACCAGCAUCAACAUGUUUGGAUUCUGCCUGUUUUCUUUAGACAAUGGAUGCACGCUGCUAGAGAUGUCAGUGAUAUCAGUCUUUGCAAUAUAUUGAACAUAUAAAUGUGUGAUAUUUUUUUUUUUUUUUUUGUCAAUGCUUUUAGCCACGUUGUUUAAAAAAUAAACAAAUUCAGAGCUUUUGCCUUCAGCACUAUUUCAUGUCUAAAAUAUGUCUGAACUAUUACAUUUGACUGUAUUUAGAUGACAUCACAAUAUUAAAAAGUAGUGCACAAAAACUUGAGUUGAAGAAGAACAAAUUCAACACUAGAUGCUUUGUAAUGUUUACAUACUAAUUGUGUGGCAUAGCCACAUAUGUUCUGUUCCAGAAAGUGGAUUCAUUAGCAUAAACAGUCCAAGCCAGAUGGGAUUAGGAAAUCCAAUUAGUUUUAUUGUCUGAGAUUAAGUGCUGCAGUUUGAACACUUACAUUUUUUGAAAAAAUAGGACUAAUUGUUUAAAAAAAGCAUUUAGAAAAAGGUAAAACGAGACAGCACGAAAAUGUAUUGCUAUAUUAUCAGAUCAGAUAUUUGAUGAUAAGAUGGAGGAGAAGCCAACUUGCACUGUGAGGAAUUUGCCGACUGCAGAGAACAAAAGUACUUCCAAAUGAUAAGUAAAAUCUAACAGCAGACCUUGGAGCCUGACUUGUCUCUUAAAAACUCAUUUUAUCUUAAGACCUGCUGACAGACGUGGUCUGGGAUAAGAAAAAAAUCAUUAGCAUGUGGAAUGUAUCAAUCAGUAAAAUCGUGCCAACUGCUUGGAUCAUCAACAUACUGUACGUCUUGGUCACACCUGGACAAAUCAAUGCCUUUGUUUAAUAAGCCUGUAAAUUCUGGCUGUUGAUUAUGAGCUAAUUAAAACUAGG